AUGGGAUUCAAGGAUCGUGUGAAAAUCUUUGAGGAUCUUAGCAUUGACUGGAAUAUCUAUGCAAACGUAGUAGCGGUGAAUGCUCUAGCAAAUACGUUAUUGUUGUUCGGAUCAGAAGAAUUGAAGGAGAAAUAUUUUCCGCUUAUUACCAGUGGGAAAUGCCGUCCUGUUAUAGCUUUUGUUAAUGGUUCAAGCUCAUCAAAUGCUGAAAUAGUUGGAGGAAUGCGCACUCAGUCAUUGAUUAGACUCGAAGAUGUCCCUUGUAUCGGAAUGCACAAUGCUAAUUUGGCAGUUGUGUUCGCUACUUCGAUACAUCAUGAAUCUGUAAGUGGUUAA